GUGUUGUGUUUUGGUCCUCCUCUGCGUGGUUCGGCCGUGCGCUCGCGCUCGCCUCACGACUGCGUUUCUUUCCACGAUACAUUCGGGCGUGAUUUCGCCGUUCAUCCAAGGAUAGGACAUGUCAUUCGUGACGCCUUGUCAACCGUCGCCGUGAUCGUAGCAUCCAUCAGCGCUGUUAAGUCCACACGCCGCUUCGUUUCCGCAGCGUGCGAUCGGCGGGUAUCCGAAGAAAAAAAAAGAGAGGAACAUGGCUUCGGACGAGUGCUGCAUCUACGUCUCGCUAGUGCCCGAGAAUACGUGCAAGUUCGAGCGACACAAGCUAUCUUGUCUCAAGCUCGAAGAUAAGGUGUCGGCGCUGCACACCAAGGUGGCCGAGCUUUUCGGCAAGGACAUCGGAGAUCUUGAACUAGUGUUUCUCGGCAAAAUACUCAAGCAGGAUGACACCCUUGAAGCCAGCGGGAUCAAGUUCGGCAUGACGGUGUUUGCCUACCCCCACCAUGAACUUGAGAAGCCAACCUGCACGCUCGAUAUGCAAGACAUCCCCAUGAUCGCAUUUGGCACCGCCCUGGUGAAUCCGGCCUUUCGAACGGUGCUACAAAGCCUCAAGGACCCUGAAGUACUGGAAAACAUAAUGGCUGCGAAUCCCGCCCUGGCCGACGAUCCGGUUGCUGUCGGCAUCCUCCAAGAUCCAGAGCUCAUGACACUGCUGGCAAACCCAAACUUCCUCCGAAAAAUGGCCGAGAGUCAUCCCGCUCUGGUGGAGGCUGCCGUGCAGAUUGCCGUGUCGUUUCACGAAGAAGGCGCCGCCUCUGGGCGCUCCACGUCGCCGCCGCCUGAGGUGUCCUACUCUCUUGAGGCUCUGAGCGACGACGAAGACCUGGAAGGGCAGCUCGAGCAGCCAGCGGCAGCCGGAAGUGGCUUGUUCUCGCCCAACCGCAUCACGCCGGCACAGCUGGCUGCUGCGCUAGCCGCAGCUGCAGCCAAUCCGGGAGGCUCCGGAUCGUCCUCGCCACCGGCAGCUUCGGGUAGCCCCCUGAUUCCUCCCUCGCCGCGGCUGCAUGCGCCACCUUCGACGCCGAGGAACCCGAUAACGUCGGAUAUGCUCAACAGCGCGGUGCAGACGGCGUUGGGGUCCCUGGCGCCUCCGCCGAAUGCGAGUGCAGCUGCGCCAGUUGCGUCAUCACCUGCGGGAGCCCCUGCAGCUGAAGUGACAGAUCCUGCCGUCACGUAUCAGAACCAGCUCCAACAGCUACGGGACAUGGGCAUCGCCAACGACGCGACAUGUCUGCAAGCGCUGGUCGCCACGGGUGGCGACGUCCAGGCCGCCCUGGAGCUGCUCUUCUCGGACUUCGGCGAUAACGACCCAGCCAACAUGCCCACAUAACUCCUUCCCCGCGAUCGGCAGCCCAGGCACGUGCCGGUAAACCCUUCUUUGUGGUGCCCCAUCAACUCGUCAAUGUCGUCCAGUAAAAGAAACGAUCGGCAGCGCGACGGCGAGACGUUCCGCCGUGGAGCCGCCGCUCGAAAACACAGAAAAACGCGCGCGAUACCGUAUCGUUCUGCAGCUACGCGCAGAUCUCGGGAGAUGGUCUCAGUAAACGCAAAAGCCUUUACUGCCUCCUUGUUCGCUGCUUCGACAUUGUUGCCACUUCUCCCUGCCCCUUUCUCGACCAGUAACGCUGUUAACAGUGUGGGAUAUCCUGCAUGUCGGGAGCUUUAUGUAACAAUGUGACGCGAAGCUUUUCUGAUCAGUGUGAAAGCAUUUGCAACAAAGACUCGUCACGUGCAAGUUUGAUCUCUCAAAGGCAUCGCAGUAGCGUUAGCCGAGAGCUUUGUAAAAAAAACGAGAAUGGCAAGGGGAAAAACAAAUUAAAAGAAGCUUAUACCCCUGUCACAUGGUACAUAUAAUGUCAUUCGCAGUGAUUGUCAUUUGGUGUUAAUGCCAUUUUUGUUGCUGCUGCUACACGGUCAUAGCAAAUGACAUGCAUAGCUAAUGGAAUUCACCUGCUGAACGCGUUUUCUCUGAACUUUCGCAAGAGCGACGUGUAAUCUCGAUGACAGGUGCUCAACAAAAAACUACAAAAUCGGCAAGUUACAGCAAACUGUAAUCAAGGUUAAGGUUUUUAUUAACGACUAUUGUUAAAUUUUUUAUAGCUUUUUAACAUACAGUGCUGUAGUUGGAGCAAAAUGUGGAAAUAUUAUAUUCUUUUCCCCAGACUCCGACAUGAUGCAAGUGCCUCCUUUUGGCCACAUUUACAAACACUCGUCUGUUCUUUCUUCUUUUUCAAUUCCUCCCAUGUCGUUUCGGUGAAGUAGUGCCGCAGUAGCAAGGUUGGAAUUUCACAUGUGAUAUCUAUCCAGGAGGCUAUGAAGCAAACUCUGCAGUUUCAUCAGCGCAUAAUAAUAGGAAGCUAAAAGCGCACUGCAUUGAUGACAAACAUCGACAACACUUGUGAAUGCCAUUUUGUAUACCCACACAAAUCAGGAAUGCAAGACACCAAUGACAUUAAAAAUGAAUGUCAUUUACUGCAAAUGGCAUUACUACAUGUGCCAUGUGAUGGGAAUAUUACUCUAGGUAGCAAUGACUGAAAAAAAAAAGGAGGAGAAAUUAUGUUUAUGUAUGCCUGAAACAGGACAGGCCCUGUUUGUGAAAGACAAAACAAACACUGGUUAACAAUUUCUGUGCAGAAUCCGUGACAUAACAUAUUCUACUUAUGCAUUGCAGUAGCAUACCAUAGUCUAUUUAUCAGUUACGCAGCAGUGGUUCUAAAGGAAGGAUGGAUGAUUCAUUAUUCUCGUUAGUGAUAAGGAACAGUGGCCUUUGGCAGGAUUACUGUUUGUUUUUUCCUGUGGCAUUUAGUUUUGACAAUGUUACUUGCUUGGCAAUCUUAUCUUGAAAAUGGGUACUGGACAUGCCAUGAGGCAAUGUUUCAUUUUUCAGUGCGAUUAACUAUGACAGGUUGAUGACUCAGCAUGCCUUUGGCAGCAUGGCAUACUUGAAUGAUGUAAUAUUAGAGGAUCCUUGAGAUCCUGAAGCGUGUUUUAAGAGUCUGAAGCGUGUUUAAGUAGCAAUUUACGGGCCCGGCUUGUCGUUCAUCAAUAGAUCUCAUGUGGCGUGAUCACGCUCCCAAUCAAGUGCUCAAUACAGGCCUAAAACGAGGUUAGCAAUGCUCAAAACCGGGUUAAAAUAAAGGAACAAGGUCUAAAAUAAUAUAGUUAACAGGAAUAACCAAGAAUUAAUUGCAAUAAUUAACUUAAAAUUGCUAAAAGUGCUUUGUAAACAUGUGACUGACACCCGCGCCGUGCUAAAGAGGGUGCCACCGCCUCGCCAGGCUUGCGGCUACUCCUCCCGCUGGCACUUCUCUGGCGCCGGUGUUAUGAACCCCUGCGAGAGAUCAUUGAUAGACAAAGACUAACAACAGCAUAACGGGAAUCGCUGGGUGCCCGUGCUACGCACUUCCUCAGGUUUCACAGCAGUGGAGCUGCAGUUAGCACAGGAUUUAUAACUACACCAAUUGCUACAGAAGAACGACAUCGGUGCUGAAUGUGAAUGACCUUUAUUUUUUAUCUUUCCACUUUUGUUAUUUUCUAUUGUCUUAUAGCCUGUGCAUUUUGGCUGUGGUCAGUGCCUGUAUCGUGAGCAUUCGUUGCGAGAUGGGGUUUUGUCGAAUGCGUUGACAUUGAUUUUCGUGGUGACGCGCAAGCGCAAGCGAUCGUUGACGUGUUUGUGGUAUCAAGCGAGGGAAGUGCCUGCGAGUGGAUGGGCAGAGAAGAUGCAGAAGGUAGGAAGAUAUAAAAACAAAGUUGGAUAAUAAAAUAGGUAGACUUUUGUGGCUGCUUAUGUCCUCUAUGUUGUUAAGUGUGUUUCCUUCUGCUAAAGGUAGUUGAUGUAAGCUGCCACUUCUUGAGGUUGGGGGAGUGUGUUCAUUUUGGUAUACUUGCAGAAGAAGCAUUGAGGUGGAUGUACUACUGUAAAUGUGCAUUAUCCUUCUUGCAGUUCUUCCUUCCAUUUGGUUUACUGUUCUUUGUUUUUUGUUUUUCAAAUACAAUGAAGCUUGCAAAAGGCUACAUUGUUUGUGCUUGAAAAACGAAAAGAUGUACCCCAGUAUACAUUCUCGUUAGGCAAUGCCGAAGCUUAAUGCACAGUCUAACUAAAGGGAUAGGUAACACUUCUAAGGAAAAACGAAUAUCGGAGUUUGGAAUCUGCCGGAUGUCGGAUUAGGUGACAACAAAAUCUCGGUUGAUGAUCACAAUGUCUGCGUGCGGGUUUCUGUGCGUGAAAAAUUUUGCUGGUGCAACAUAGUGCUGUAUCAACAAUUUCUGAGGUCAUGCUUUGCCAGUUACUGUUGCACCAUGCAAGUUGGGGAGGGCAGCACAGGGUAGAACACUCCUACAAGUGUCACUGAUGCUGCAGGUUUUGUUGUCAUCAGCAUCAUCCUUUUUUACAAGUUGCAGCAGUGCUGCCACCAUUGCUGCAGUGUGAAUAGCAGCUUGUUCUUGGCACUGAACAGUUGCUGCCGCCGUAAUAUGCCCGCGGGAAGAAAAUGUAUAAUUUAGCGCCAGGCAGUGUUGUGUUGCCAACGAUGGCCGCAUUUAUGUUGUGUUGGUCUUGGCGAGAGACCAUGCUGCACUGCCUCCUAUUCAAGAAGCAGUGCAACAGUGGCAUGAUGUUCAUAUCAGCACCUCGCAAGCACAAGUUAUGUGUGCAUGUGGAAUGAGUUCACUGCUGGUUCGCAUGUUAAAGCGUGUGUGACACUGAUCUUACUAUACCAAGAUAGAGAGACUUGUGUCUCUCAGUACUUGUGUUAUCUGUGCUUGCAUGGGGCUGUAUGCUAGUCUGUGUGCCCUUUUUUUUUUUAGUUCUGUAGUGUUUACUGUUUUCCCAAAGGCUUUUGUCUUCUGAUAUCUAAUGGUUGGAAAUAGUGUAGAGCAAGCUUGCUUCGCUGACCAAAGAGUCACUUUUUUAUGUAGUAUGUGUUUAGUUGUGUUAACUAUUUCACGUAUGGGCCAUGUUGUAAGGUACCUAAGGCAUUUGAGGCAUUGGUCAUUCAUUUCUGCAUUUUGCUUUUUUCUUCUUUUUUUUUUCUCGUACAAGUUCACUGUCAUUCUUUUAUUUUCGCAUCAGAUAGCACUUUUGCUUGUUGCAUCGUGUGUCUGCAGAGACCAGGGGAACGGUAGUUCACACGCCAUUUUUCGUUUCUGUGGCAACAAAUUUCACACACUGUACACAGAUUGGCCGGGGCAACUCGUGUCUACUUCAUACAGACGAAUAGUGUGGGUCUGUAGACAACGCCUGUCAAGAUGAAGUUAAGGUGUACUAAUUUAUGUAACUUGUUGCACUUUAGUUUUCAAUGUCUGGGGUGGAACGUCUUCAUUGCAGUCAUUGCAGUCAUUUUCCUUUCAGAUAUGUACAUAACUUUAUAAGGUCUGUCGCUUUGACAAAGGGAGCUGCAAUUCAGUUCUUUUCCAGCAAUUCAGUCCUUCUACUUGAUUUUCCACCCGCUUUAGUUUAUCGCAUCACUAAAAACAAGACUAAGUUGUAGACACGAGAGUAAAAUUUUGCAGCUCUGCGGCCGAUUAAGUCACCGCUUUUCGUACCAGAAGUGCUCAAAUGCAGCUAACUGCAGUCUGUUCCACAAGGCGUAGUUUCGUCUCGUGCGAGAUGUAUGCGGCUUUAAAGUGAAAGGAAGCUUUAGAUAUCGCAUCACCAUGAUUAAUUUUGGUCGUGGCUUCGUGAAGGGUGUGUUGAUCUUGCCUUUAUUCUAAAACGUACUCAAGAUCGCGUGUCUUCAAGAAGGUGACUGAGGCCUUGUUCUCAUAGCCGCAGUACUUUGGGAAUCACAGAUUUGGGAAGAAGUCUGGAACACUGUGUAUCAUUUAGUGGGCAUUGACUGAGUUGCAGUCUUAGGAUUAAUGACGGUCACUUGACUAACCAUACGCACAGUCAAACAUUAGGUUUGUUUGUUGUACUGGUGUAGCAGCAUCAAGGACUUUUGUUGUUGUCAUAAGCCGGCUCUCUUUCUUAAGCACAUAAACUGAAAAGUAAUGUACAUGUCUGGUAGAUGUGUUGAAGGUAGGAAAGUUACGUAACAAUAAUUUUUGGUUCAGCGUUGUUCCUACUGUUGCUUAUAAGAAGUGGCGUGAAUUCUAAAGCUCAUGUGGGUGUGAGAAGGAUGACGAUUGCAAGCUAUCGCAACACCCAACUUUGAUAUAUUCUUUGGAAAAAAAGCCCUUUGCCUGUGUAGAUUGAUCGAUACUGUAGAAACAACCAUACUGUCUGUGCUACAUGUCUGGCUUUUUGUAUACAGCCCCAGAUAACUUACAAAACUGUGUUUAGACUCGUUAUUUUUUAGGAUUUGUUAGGAAUCGCUUGGACACUUUGCCAAAUGUUAAUCGGGAAAAUAUCAAGCAUUUGGAAGAGAUAAACGCGACUGCAUGAGCAUGUAAUGUGUAUUGUAAGUUACGUAGAGGAUCGACACGUGUGUUGUUCAAAAGGCAGUGGACUGGAUUCAUGUGCUUUGUAAAACAUUUAUAAAAAAUUUAUUGGACCAGAUGACAUUUACUUAGUGCAACACGAUGUUCCAUUUGGCAUGCUAACACUGAUGAAUGGCAAAUAUUAAGUACGCAAAAAAAGCGGUGGGCAGAAGCAAAGAAUUCAGUCAAGCAUUGUAGAUACAAUGAAAUGUAGCAAAUUUUUGCGAUGUGCGCCUGAGGAUGCAAUACUUGCUGGCUUUGAUUUCUAGGCAAUGUGUGUUUAGACUCGUAAGUGCUUGUUGCCUGUUGUAUUUUCAUCUCCACAUAGUUAUCGCUAGAGAACAUGCUUUGUGACUUUUAACAUAAACUGAGAAGAAAUAGCUAAAUAAGAAACAUCUUGGGAAAUAACGUUUCAACACGGGAACUGUAUGUCCAAACGUUGGCUCCAUCGGUAAUCAUAGCUUGACAAUUUCUCAUCUCUUCAAGCCUUAAAUUUCUGUCCCACCCUGAACUACUUUGAAUAUCACGUGCGCUCUGUUUCUGAUCCAUUUUCGGCACCUCGUCACUUGAUGUAUAUGCAUGCUUGUUUUGCGUCACAUAUGAACCAUUCUUUAAGUGUGACCAAUAUGGCUGCGAUAUCGGCGUGGGCGUCAUCCGACAUUUGAAAUUUAUUUGCCAACGCUUCAGAAGUUAUUGGGCUAAGCAGCUAAAGAAGGUGCUUCUUUCUGGUAGACUGAUUAUAUUUUUUGUUCACCCCAGUCUUGUCUCGGCAGCAAGAGGAGCUUUGUUUUGAAAGUUUUACAUUACUAAAAGCAGUGCUGCUCACCUAAUUUUCAUACAAUUGCUGCUUUCUUAGAUAAUAACUUGUCUAAUCACAGCCUUUGCCAUUUUCUAGCAAAUGGCUAGAAGAAGGUUCUAGGAAGCAGUGUAAAGGUAGUAGAGUAAUUGCAUGCAUACCUUGCUUGCCUACAUAGAAUGUGUUUGUGGGAAUAUAAAACAUCCUCUAUAAUUAGGUCUGUGUGGAUAGUAUUCUGGCCAGUUCAUUAGGGGAAAAUAUAGCACCCUGUAGAUUUCGUAGACAAGCAAAAGACUGAGUAACACUUAGACAGAAAAUAUCUCUGCUGACGUGCUUAAUCAUUUUUAUGAGAUUAAAUUUUGUCUUAUGCGCUACCAAAGCGUACUUUUCAUUGUACCUCUGGUUCAAUGUUUUUGUUCUACCGUACUGCCAUUGAAAGUCAUCAUUUUAACAGGUUGUUCCUGCCAUUGGCUGCAUAUCACUAAUUUAUCACCAAGAUGAACACUGAAGCACAGAUGAACCAAAUGUUGAGAAACGUAUUAAAAUAUACCUAGAGUAGCUACGACUUUUUCACACAAAUCUUUUCUUCUGAGAAGAAAUGUGAUUUAUAUGGCCUUCACAGUGAUGCGCGAGACAGUUAUUGUCGUGAUUUCUGUGCACAUCAGUUGAACGCAUCGAUGCAACGAUGUUAAUCAAGUGUUUGUGUCAUACAGCUUCUGUCACUUGUCGACACUAGCCCCUUUCCGCUGUGGCGGAACGCUUGUAUAGCACUCACAGACAACAAUACUAAUUAUGGGUGCCGUUAGGGUUGAGGGUUGCAGCUUAUCGUAGACCAAGUCGUCUGCGAACAUCUUCAGGAGCACUCGAUGCCACCGUGACUGAUGUGUGUAUCGGUAGUUGACUCUUCACUUGACCUGCGCAAAAUGUGCACUAGUGUGACAUUUCCUCCUCACUUGUGACACAAGUGAUGCUUCUGAGGAAAUAUUGCUAAAUUUUGCAAUAUUUCCUUGAAUUUUAUCACCGAUGCUUAUGUAGAUGUUAUCCUAACAGAAACAAAACAAUCAUUCUAUUCCUGUUCUUUUCCUAUUCGUGUUUUGUCAUGUACCCUAAGCGAUGCUUCACUUAUGAUGUCUUUAGGACAAGCCAUUCAGUGUAUCGGACAAUAAGGAAUAUAAAAAGACUGUGAAAAAAAAAAUGCCGAUUUUGGAUGUUUACAUUUCCCUCGUUGCAUUAGAACUAUUGAGACCUCUUUACUGUGACAAUGUGCCCUUGCAGUUAUGUAUUAAACAUUCAGUAUUGACAGCCACAAACUUUUAUCAAAAGCUACUCAUCUGUGCCACAGAAAUAUGUAAUAUAAUGUGGAUAUUGCACAAAAUCAAGUUAGUGUAGUAAGUUAAUAAAGCUUUAUUGUUCUGCACUUCAAUAGCUUAAAUUCAGCCAUCACCACAGUGCAGUUGGGAUUUUAAAAUUUUCUCUCCGUAAUUCAUGUUCCAUUGAUUCUUUCAGCCAGUUGGGCCGCAUGCACUGUGGGCAAUUUUUUAGAGGCAGCUACUUCCAGGAGACUAGAGAAACGUGCUGUUGCGUUUUUUUAUUCACGUGUCAUCAUGUGACUAGCGUCACUUUGGCAGCUUUGAUGCAUAACGAAUGCAUCUUUUCAGGCAAGGAAAUGGAUGUAUUUUGCAUAAAUACUUAUUUAAUCGGAAGCUAGCAAAUUUAUAUGCUUGAGGCAAGCUAGCUGAUUGCACAGUAAUUGAUGUUUUUGAUCAAGGCCUGUUAUGGCACUGACCAGCCAACAAAAUGCAAAGAAAACUUACGACAUGGACAUUUCUUCUAGAAUUAUGAAGUUUAGUGGUAGCCGUUUGUCUGCUGGAAGUCGAUAGUCGGCAUAUUGUAGUUCAGGCAGGACUUGCUACGUAUGACAAGUCUGCAGACAGCUGGGCCGUGCAAAGCAUAGCAGUUUAAAGCACACGUGUGUCACAACUAUGGUACCUAUUUGACAAAGGCAAGUUUAACACUAUUAGAAGACUAGCAUCUUAAGACUGUUAAUGCCACUACGGCUAAGGCUGCUGCUGUGUGCAUACCUUCAGUGAUGAUAAACAUUGCGUGGUAAACUGCAGUGAGUGCACUAUUUUGUUCGUAUUCGACAGCCGAUUGAGUUGAGAGUGCGUGAUCACACAAAUUGCUUUAAGUGUUCAAUCUCAUUGACCAUAUCUGUGUGGCAGUGCACAAAAGGCAUUAAAACUUAAGGCGUCAAGCAGAAUUUUCAUGUGGAACACAUAUAAGGUAAUGUGAAUGCCUAAAGUGACGUAGGCGUAGGUGACUGUAGAUGUGAUAAAGUACCAAAAAAGAAAAAAAGAAAUGUAUUCCUCCAUGUUCAGUAUGUGCUCUUGCGUGUUUGUGCUGUUUGAUCGUGUGAUUCUGCACAGGAAUGCCAGAAUUCUGAGAACAUCUAUAGCUACUUAAUAUUUUGUGCCGAUGUAGUUUUCCCGCGAAAUUGAGUGUUGUAUUUUCGAAAGCGUGUCGUGUUGCAACUUGUACAGAAUUGUUUGCAUGCUCAACAGACCCUCGUCGUGAGUAUUGUGUCUCAGAAAAAAAAAGAAAUUGAAUUUUUGGUGUGUUUAUGUACAAAUGCCGAACGUGGUCGCCUUACUCAUGUGCGACACACGUUGUGGUUACUUUGCCGCGUGGUCUGUUGACAGGUCCACCACAUUUUGGACGUGGUCCGUUGACUUGGUCUCAUUGUCCGUACAAUUGAAAGUUGUGCCGCUAAUCAACUUUGAAGGUGGUGAAGUGCUAUUUUUAUGCGUAUGUUUCCCAUGUUGUAAUGUUGAAGUUAAGAAAAAGAAAGAAAAUGUGUACAAAUUUUCACCUAGCACACUUGUCGUCGUAUGGUAACUUAAUUUUAAACUUGUCUUUUUGUGACUGGGAGCAGAUUUCAAAGAAACGUUUCCCGCAGAUGUGUGGCAAUGGAAAGUAAUCCUCAGUGACUGCUGAAUAGGGAGAGUAAGUCUUCUAUUCACGACCAGUAACAUGUGACAUUUAAAAGUACAAUUUAUUUGGAGAAACCACAUUCUUCACUGAGUCGAGCUAACGCAUGAGGCAGAGUGGCUCAAAGAGGUAACGUCCACGGUUGUCUUUGAUGAAACAGGCGUGUUAUUGCUUUGAAUUAGUUUGCAGGACCUGAGGAAUUGGUUGAUAGCUGUCUGGUUCUAACAUAUGUGUUCUUUGUGGACAGCAAUGCGUUUCCCAUGGUGUUUAGUGCCUGCAAGACUUCCAUGUUGUUUCAGUUCUGCCGUACUUCGAUGUGUAAAGUGCAAUAUGCCGAGUGCUGCGCUGAAAGCGGAGGCGUGUACCAAAACCUUUCUGACACGCAAGCAGUGAUUGUUGGUCUGCAGAGUUUAGCUUAAGGUGAUUUUUGAUGGUGGCCUUCAUACAGUUUAAGGUUUGUGGACAGUAAGUUAUCAAGUUUAUAUAAGUGUCCUUUUUCCCGAGAAAAAAAGUACUGCACCUCCGUUUGUAUCAAAGCGCACAUAAAUAUUAGCUUACCCGCAUAGACGUGCGCAAGGCUCACCUUCAGAGGGGGCAAAGGUUCGUCGCAGCCCCCCCCCCCCCCCAAUAUUAAAUCAGAGUAUGGGGCAUACUUAACGCCCCCCCCCCCCUCUAGUUAGGCGCUGUUGCAGAUUGUCCGUGACUCUUAUUACGGCAAAGUGUGCGGUAAAAUUGAUUAAUCUAGUUCACCUGCAGGCUUCAGUUGUGUUUUACGCAACAUUUAGCAGCACUUAAGUUCAGGCAACGCCACCAUUUAUGUGCAUCCACGUACGAAGCAACUUGGCCAUAGUGUACAGCCAUGCCGUGUCACUAGGAACUCAUCACCCAUUUUUUUUUUUUUAAUGGUGCAGCACAUACUUGGAGAACAAUUCACUUAGUUUCCCUUUUUCUUUCUUUCUUUCUGGACUUAAAAGUGUGUUGAGUGUUGGAAGAUUGUACCAGAACGACGUUGGAAGGAAAUGCACAGCACCAUAUUUUUGGAUCCAUGUUACUGUAGUCGUGUGAAGGUGCACCUGAAUAUGGAAUAAACGUGAGGAAAAGGAA